GAGUCUUCGUCCGGGUCCAACUUUACCAACGUUUCGUUCAGAGUCGGCAUGUCAGCUCAGAUUAGCUUUAGGCUAGUUAGCCAUUCUCAGAGAGGACUGGAUUUACAUUCACAAGAUGGCAACAGAGGCGAAACGACAUAAGGUAGAUGAUGGUUUGGCGCUCAGUCCCCUGCACAACUUCCUGCAGUGGUGCCAGAGUGUCGGAUUGGUACUCAGCAAUAAGGUGUGUGUGAGUAAAGAAGGAACUGUGGCAGAAUAUGGCAUGCUGGCGAGGGACGACAUCGAGGAGGGGGAGGUUUUGUUUACAAUCCCCAGAUCUGCUCUUCUUCAUCAGGGAACGACAAAGGUCUCUGUCCUGCUAGAGAAAGAGAGGUCAUCUCUGGAUGGCUCAUCUGGCUGGGUUCCCCUUUUACUGGCUCUGUUUUACGAGUAUACAUCCCCACAGUCCCACUGGAAACCCUACCUCUCUCUGUGGACCAACUUCAAGACACUGGACCAUCCCAUGUUCUGGUCUAAAGAGGAGAGGGACAGGCUGUUAAGGGGGACAGGUAUCCCUGAGGCUGUGGACACAGACCUGGCUAACAUCCAGAAAGAAUACACUGACGUCGUCCUGCCUUUCAUCAAAAAGCAUCCUGACCUCUGGGACCCGAACACACACACAAUGGAGCUGUACACACUCCUGGUGGCUUUUGUCAUGGCUUACAGUUUCCAAGAGCCACAGGAGGAAGAUGAUGAUGAUGAGGAGGAGGAGGAUGAUGAGGAGGAGGACGAGAAGGCUCCCAACCCACCUAUGAUGGUUCCCAUGGCAGACAUGCUCAACCACGUGUCCAAUCACAAUGCUAAUCUAGAGUUUACACCGGACAGUCUAAAGAUGGUCUGCGUGCGCCCCAUUCAUAAAGGAGAGGAGGUGUUUAACACCUACGGACAGAUGGCCAACUGGCAGCUGCUUCAUAUGUACGGUUUCACAGAGUCGUAUCAUAGCAACAGCAACGACACGGCUGACAUCCCCAUCACCAACUUCUACAAAGUGGUCACACAAGAUAUUCAGUCUGACAUGGAGCGACAGCUUGUGGAGGAGAAGUGGGAGAUGCUGUGUCAGAUAAUGCAAGAAAAAGCAACCUUUGUCUUUGGCAAACAGGGCUGCCUUACAGACACAGAGCUGCACACUGCACUCAAGGUCCUGUGCAUGUCAAAGGAGGAGUUCUCAGAGUUCAAAGACGAUGAAGGAUGGGAGGAGGAUGAAGAGGACGACGAGAAGAUUUCCCUCGCUUUCUCUAACCACGGCGUCCCUGGAUUAAAGACGUCAUGGAGACGGUUGAUUCAUGAGGCAGCCCGUCUCACAGUGAGGUCCUACAGUAAAGAGGGGGAGGCUGUGGACAGUGACCAGACGCUGAUAGAGAACCAGGCAGGGCUGAGCAGCAGGCAGCAGAGAGCACUGCAGGUACGCUGGGGACAGAAGAGCAUCCUGUACAGACUGAUGGAGCUCACCAAGUCAUGAGUUGAGUUCAGCUGGACCUCAGGAGGAGUUGUUUUUAUUGUCUCUCGUGGGGAAAAUGUCCCAAAAUUCAGCCAAUUUUUUCUGUUUCAAUAAAAAACUGUUUUCAUUGAUGUGCAUAAUAAAAACCAUCAGUGUUUGUAUAA